CCCCCCUAGAGUGAGCUGAAGAGCGCAGCCUCUCGGUCCUUGCGACCCUUGCGUCUUGCGUGUUGAAAGGACUGCGAGGACCGGGCAAAAGUCGGUCAAUAAACAAAAUAAUUCACGCUGGUCAAUUCCAUGUACACACUAUUGCUGUAGAAAGCAGUUCCAGUUGUUGCUGAGAAUGGCGGUGGAGGUUUUGGACGUGGACCACCUGGCCAUCAGUGCCAUCGUCACUGUGGCCAUGCAGUUUAUUUUCUUUGUCAUCGCUGCCUUCUUCGAGUUUGACAAACUGACCGACUUGGCCGGUGGGGCCAAUUUUAUCAUCCUGGCGGUGCUCACCUAUUACCUGGGACAGACUUAUGACAGCAGACAGACGAUGAUCACAACUCUGGUUUGCAUUUGGGGCAUUCGACUGUCUGCUUACUUGUUCUACAGAAUUCUCAAGAUUGGCCGAGACGCUCGGUUCGACGACAAAAGGAGCAACGUGAUUCGAUUUGCUAUUUUCUGGACAUUCCAAGCUAUCUGGGUAUUUACGGUCAGUCUCCCUGUUAUCAUCAUCAACUCGCCAAGGAACAAAAUUCCACUGGUGCCGAAAACUAUGACCCAUCUCGACUCUGCCGGACUUACAAUGUUCAUAAUUGGUUUCAUUUGUGAAACUUUUUCCGACCUUCAGAAGUUCCAGUUCAGACAAGACCCCAACAACAGAGGGAAAUGGUGCAAUGAUGGACUUUGGCAGCUUUCCAGACACCCAAAUUAUUUUGGAGAAGUCAUGAUUUGGUGGGGAAUUUUCCUCAUUUCUCUAAACGUUGUAAAGGGUUGGGAGUGGAUUGUGAUCUCGUCUCCGAUCUUCACUACUGUGAUCAUUCUUUUCCUCUCCGGCAUUCCACCUUUGGAACUUUCAUCCGAUGAGCGUUACAGAGACAACCCUGAGUACCGUUUGUACAAAAAGUCAACCUCUCCGCUGAUUCCAAUUCCGCCUGGAAUUUAUGUUGAGAUUCCGUACUUUCUGAAGUUCCUCUUGUUCUUUGAGUACCCUCUUUAUAACCAUCUGAAGAAGAAAGCGUCGCCAUCACCAACUCCAGUACCAACUUAAACGCCAAACAGCACUGCAAGGAGGCUUUGGAAAAUACUCGACUGUUUGCAGAUUGCAAUUUUAUGAAUAUUGUGAUGGCUUGUUUGGUAGUUCUGUUAAACAGAUUGAAAGCAUUGUCAGUUUAAAAAGUUGUUAAGGAGCAUUAAUGGGAAAUUGCAAAGGGUCGUUGCCGUUUAAGACUUCGUGAGAUUUUUACAUCUUAUUAAUCCAUCAGCAUGAAAUUUUAAGUGUUUUCAAUUAAUAUGUAGUGCACAAAACCAAAGCAAUAGAACUUGCUUUGUUAGAAAAAUAUGAUAAAUUAAAUAAUUAAACACGGGUGCAGUUUUUUCGCACAGCAGAAGCAAUAUACAUACGAAAAACAUUCAAAUAAAUAAAAUAUAGGAUAGUUCAAUUAACAGGUAUAUUGCGGUGAUCUCUGUCCGACGACUAAUAAUAAAGUUAAACAUCUUCAUUAUUUUAAACCUUAAUAUAUUUAAAAUAUCGCACCUUAAUCUUCUUGGAUGAUUGUUAUUUCAUUCGUACAAAUCUGAAAAUAAAAUCUGCGUCAC